AUGGCAUCCGAACAGACUCCCCGCACCGCGCAGCCCCAGGCCACCCCCGACACAUCAAACUAUACCACGAGCCCGCACGCCACCUCGGCACCGCCCCAGAUCGUUGAGCGCACAAACAGCUGGAAGCCUUCGUUCGAGCGCCGCCAGAGCUGGAACAAGGAGGACCAGAAGCGCGAGCUGCAGAUGAGCCACAUUGACGACGUCAAGACCGGGCCUGGCUUCACCGAGCGUGCCUAG